AUGCUGCGCACCCCGGAGGGGACGGAACCAGACGGGCAGCGGGAGGAGAAAUCAGCUGAGCAGACAAAAGGGAAACACCAGCUGCCGCUCUCCGCCCUGUCCGCCUUCAGCUACAUCCCGCCCGGCCGCAGGGACCCCCCGGAGCACAGCUACUUCCACCAGGAGUUCAAGACAGGGAUUGUUUCCACAUAUGACUCCAUUUUUAAGAGGCCAAAGAGUUACAAUGAAAAACUCCACCGAUGUGACAGAGAACAUGCAAAUAGUCGAGGUCUUAACAUUAAUGAUGAGGAACUGGCAAGACCCAUUGCUGUUUUGUCCUCUUCAGAAUAUGGGAGACAUAUAAACCAGCCCAUAGAGCAGUCGAUCAGAGAUUAUGCAAGGAUUAACCGUGUCCAGGCUGAGUUCUACAGGAAAAAUGGAGUCAGCUGCUUGUUGGAAAAACCUUCUCAAAGUCUUGAACCAUCCUAA